GCACGCAAUCCCCUCCACUUCCCCGUCAGACGUUGCGACAAUCUGUGAAAUGUUUUCUUAAGUCCCAAAAAGAGUUGUUUUGCUGUGAGAAAAAAUCCUCCACGGUUAUUUAAUUCUGAUCAUUUUCGCGGUGAUUUGCCCACAGUGACCAAGCCAAUAAAUCCCGCGAUACCGUGAGAGUGAAAAUUGGUGAAUAGCUUGUGUUAUUGUUGAGAGCACCAGUGAUGCAUAAAACCCACCAAUUGGAAGCAAUUAGAGAUUACAAAAUACCUUUCCGGCAACACUGCCAGUAAAAACAAAGUCACAUUGAGAGAAGGGACGGUGAUUUCGGAGGGUUUUCAGGGAUAAGGGAGGACAGAGUACAAGGGACAAUGGCGACAGCAGUGUCGUCUGUGCAGGUGAGCUUAGACAGCAUCACCACGGAUUACUCGAGUAUCCGGGGGAAGGGAGUGCUCGUGAGUCCGACUGAGGAGCAGUUUGAGCUGCUGAAGAAGCGUCUACAGGAACGCAUUGAGGAUAGUCGCGGGGAGACGAUCUAUGAGAUUGGAAUGGGUGACGAUGGAGGAGAUUGUGGCCUUGAUCCUGAUGAGUUUGCCGCAAGCUUGGCCACAUUGCAAUCGCUUGCAACGACACUCGAUGCGGAUUGCGUGGAGUUGCGUCAGCGCAAGGCUGACAAGGGACUCACCACGGGGCAGUAUUUGGUGAGGAAACGCGUGGACACGUCGGAUUUCAUGGAGAUCCGGGUGGCUGUGGUGGGGAAUGUAGAUGCAGGGAAGAGUACUUUGCUGGGGGUUCUGACUCACGGAGAGUUGGACAAUGGACGUGGGCAUGCACGGCAGAGGUUGUUCAGGCACAAACACGAAAUGGAGAGUGGAAGGACGAGCUCUGUAGGGAAUGAUAUCCUAGGAUUUGAUAGUUUAGGCAACGUGGUCAAUAAACCGGACCAUGGGACGCUGGAUUGGGUGAAGAUUUGCGAAAAGUCCGCCAAGGUGAUUACCUUCAUUGAUCUCGCGGGGCACGAGAGGUACUUGAAGACGACGGUUUUCGGGAUGACGGGUCAUGCUCCUGACUUUGGCAUGCUAAUGGUGGGAGCAAAUGCUGGAAUUGUGGGAAUGACAAAGGAGCACUUGGGCUUGGCAUUGGCUCUUUCAGUGCCGGUAUUUGUGGUUGUAACGAAGAUUGACAUGUGCCCACCGCGAGUACUUCAGGAGAACCUCAAGCUCCUCUACAAGAUCCUCAAGUCGCAGGGAUGCCGAAAGGUCCCCGUGAUGGUGAAGACUCCGGAUGAAGUGGUGCUCAGUGCGACAAAUUUCGUGUCAGAACGCCUCUGUCCCAUCUUUCAGGUGUCCAAUGUUACAGGAGAGAAUCUUGAGCUACUCAAGAUGUUCCUCAAUCUUCUGACCACUCGAAUGCCCGGCCAUGACAAUUUGCCGGCUGAGUUUCUGAUUGAUGACACCUAUUCGGUUCCGGGUGUAGGAACCGUGGUGUCCGGGACAUGUCUGCAGGGCUUAAUAAAGCUCAAUGAUACUCUACUUCUUGGUCCUGAUCCUCUGGGUCAAUUUCAGGCGAUUGCUGUGAAAAGUAUUCACAGGAAAAGGAUGUCCGUUAGGGAAGUUCGUGGGGGUCAGACAGCGAGUUUUGCUCUGAAAAAGAUCAAGCGAUCUCAGUUGCGAAAAGGAAUGGUGAUGGUAUCACCAGAACUCAAUCCCAAAGCUUGUUGGGAGUUCGAGGGCGAAAUUUUAGUGCUGCACCAUCCGACUACGAUAUCCUCCAGGUAUCAGGCCAUGGUGCACUGUGGGAGUGUCCGGCAGACAGCCUCUAUUCUCUCCAUGUCCAAGGAGUGCCUAAGGACGGGAGAUAAGGCACACGUGCGCUUCCGCUUCAUUAAGCAUCCGGAGUACAUUCGUCCUGGGCAGCGACUCGUCUUUCGUGAAGGACGCACCAAGGCCGUUGGCAAUGUGCUGCAACCGCUGACAGAUGCCGUUCCGCUGCAAAAUCGCCAGAAACCCAACAAGAUGCAGGCCAGGGGGCAACAGAAUCAAAACCCGAAUAUUCAGGCUCCUGUGUCAAGUGGGACUGAUCUGAAGGCAUCGGCAAGUAUGGAGGGUGUUCUGGAGAUGAGUUGUGAUAAGCGUGACAGUGUCCAGAGGGGCAAGCGCAGCACCAAAAGGGCCUCAGGAGCCCCAGCUUCUGCCAGCAGCGUUGCCCAAGUGACUGCCGUUCCAUCGAACUAGACACAAUUUUAUUUUAUUUUUUAAAGAUUCAGGAGACUCUUGACAAAAACUUUUAUUUUCUAAUUGACGUUCUAAAGGACGGAAUGUUCCUGAUAAUUUAUUUUGUUUAAAAAAAAAAAAACGUGAAUUAGUUUUUUUUUCGAUUCCAUCUUCGAUGUUCAAACGACUUUUUAAAUCUUACGACGAAAUAGUUCAACUUUUAUUUUCCUUGUUUACUCGAAAACUUUGUUAAGUACAAAGAUUGAAACAAUUUUUUUUUUGAUUUUUUUGAAGUAAAUAAAAUUUACGAAAAGUGAAAUUUCCUCAAGGGAAGGGUUUGAGAAGAAGGAGAGAGAGAAUAUUUUGAGAUACGCAGAAGUGAAAAAUUUGUAAUGGAAAAAAUGUGUGAAAUUUCUAAAAUAAAAAUUUAUUUUAUAGAAAA